UGGGUGACUCAUUACGACUGCCGUGUGACGUCAUACCUCCGCUGGGGGACGCCGUGGCGGUCAUCCUGUGGUACAGAGACAAAACUCCCACAGCGAUUUAUACGUACGAUGCUCGAAAUGAAUCGCUGGGGUUCCAGCAACACACACCUCGGGGUCCAGACCUCGCUUCCAGAGCCUCUUUUUACCACAAGCCUCCAGCUGCGUUAACCAUUACUGGAGCUCUGCCUGAAGACUCUGGAAUAUAUCAGUGCCGCGUUGACUUCACUCAGGCUCCGUCCAGGACAACAAAAAUUCAGGCUGUGGUGGUGACGGAGAUCAAGGACAUAGAGGUGGUGCGGGCCAGCCCGCCCGUGGGCAGCACGAGUCCCUCUCUGAUGGACCGCACGGUGGAGGCCUCACUCCACCAGCCUCUGAGGCUCAUAUGCCGCACCGCCGGGGGUCCGCCUUCAUCAGUGGAUUUGGUUGAUUUUCCUGAGGCCUUCACGUCAGGGGAACCUCAUCCUCUGAGUUGCCGUGUGUACGGGUCGAGGCCACGCCCUAGACUGGAGUGGUCGCUUACCAAACCUGACAGCCCAGCCAUGAAGCUCAGCACUCAGGACUUGAACGAUCCGAAUUUCUGGUCUCCCGUGGAUGGCGGUGGCACCUCAAGUCGAGUGACUUCGUCAACUGCAGUUCAAACACUGCAGUUGAGUUCAAGUCCAAGCCACUCUACGAAGAUCGACAGGACGCUCUUAAGAAAACAGUCCUACAGUUCAGGGCAACUCAAAGUCGUGCUCGGUAAAGAGGAUCAUGGUGGCAAACUCUCGUGUGUCGCUUGGAACAACUUCUUCCCGAACUACAAAGUGAACGCCACAAAGACUAUUCACGUUAAUUAUGCCCCAGAAGUUGAAUUGGAAUUGGGAGUCAAAAUCGACCCUUCACAGGUGCGUGAAGGCACAGACUUGUACUUCACCUGCAAGGUGGACUCGCGGCCUCCAGCGGACCAGCUCUCCUGGACACAUAAGAACCGUACGCUUAAGAACGACCCAGUGCUGGGCGUGCUGAUGUCAGGCGAGCAUUUGGUGCUGCAGUCCGUGACACGGGACUGGAGCGGCACUUUUUCCUGUACAGCUGCCAACUCCGUCGCCUCCGUGGUCUCCAACACCAUCAACAUCAGCAUCUUAUGUGAGCUAUUGAAACAAUGA